GCUAUUAGAGGAGAAAGAUCAGCUAAGUCCUUCGGAGCUGAUCACCUUAGUACAGGACCUACUGAUUUCAUCAACUUCGGCUUCACUCUCGCCAAACAAUGAAUUAUACCGGUUAUAUCUUAGCUUUUCAGCUCUGCGUGAUUUUAGGUUCUUAUGGCUGCAACUGCCAGGCUACACUUUUAAAAGAAAUAGAUAACCUGAAGACGUAUAUUAAUGCUACUAAUUCAGAUGUAGCAGAUGGUGGGACUCUUUUUUUGGAUAUUUUGAAGAAUUGGAAAGAGGAGAGUGACAAAAAAAUAAUUCAGAGCCAGGUUGUUUCCUUCUACUUCAAACUCUUUGAAAGCUUAAAAGAUAACCAGCUCAUUAAGAGUAGCAUGGAAGCUAUCAAGGAAGACCUGAGUGUUAAGUUCUUCAAUAGCAGCAGCAGUAAAAUGGAAGACUUCAAGAAACUGAUUCAAAUUCCGGUAAAUGACGUGAAGGUCCAGCGCAAAGCCAUAAGUGAACUCUUCAAUGUGAUGAAAGACCUGUCACCAAGCUCUAACCUAAGGAAGAGAAAAAGGAGUCAGGGUCUGUUUCGUGGCCGGAGAGCCUCGAAAUAAUCAUCAUCCUGCCUGCAAUAUUUGAAUUUUGAAAUCUAAAUCUAUUUAUUAAUAUUUAAUAUUUUACAUUAUUUAUAUGAGGAAUAUAUUUUAAACUCAUCAAAGUAUUUAUAAUAGCAACUUUUAUGUGAUAAAAAUGAAUAUCUAGUAAUAUAUGUAUUAUUUAUAAUUCCUGUAUCCUGUGACACUUUCACUUGACUUUUUUUUUUUUUUUUCUGACUAACUAGGCAAGACUAUGUGAUUACAAGGCUUUAUCUCAGGGGCCA